UUUGUCCCUCAUUAAUCCUUCCUUUCGUCUCAUUUUAGUCAUACUGGAUCGAUAAUCCCGUAAGGGCAGACUGUCUGUAGCAUCUCUCCAACACGUAUCGACCCAGUACUGGAUAAAAGAACAGGCAGAGCUGCGCCCUGUACGCGCAAGCAAAGGCGAUCUUGUUGCACUACGCACCACGGCGCAAAAGCAGACAUUUGUGUGCGCACUAGCGAUUGCCUCUGAACUCCACCACAUCUGGCCGACCGCAGAUUCAUUUGGAUAUCCCCACAGCAGCCCACCAUAACGCAGUCUGCACAUAUCCACGCGCAUGGCAGGACGAUUUGGAUUUAAACGCCAACAAGUGGAAUUGUGCUCUUUCACCGGGGCUCUGAUCAUGGAUUUGACCUUUUCGAUUUAAUGUGACGGGAGACGCCGCGUUAAUAUCCCACUCAGCGACAUAUGGUCCGUGGACACAGAUUUGAAGAUAUCGACCCGCCGUUUCUCCAAAGCGCGUCCUCGGCGGGGCUGGAGCGGACAGGACUGGGGACGCUGAGGAAUGCGGAGCCGGGAUUUUGUCUUUUCCAGCUCACCUGCGGAACUCUUCGCAGCGCAUACCAAACGGACCGACGCAGCCGGUGAGCCCGCGGGGCGCCAUGCUGAGGCAGAUCCUCCUCAACUCCACCAACACCCCAGACUUCGACCUGGUGCUCAUGGCACAGUCCUCCACGCACGCACCCUCCUCCCUGAACGCCUCCCACGGUGGCUCGGUGAGCGUGGCCGCUCUUCUGAGACCCACCUCAGGGCGAGGGGGAGGCGGGCUUCGGGAGGGCGAGCUCCACAAACCGGACCUGAUCACCUACAUAGUAAUGUGCCUGCUGCUCUUCCUCUUAGUGUUGCUAAUUGUGUUCUUCAUCAACUGCCAGCUCCGGAACUCUUUCUUCGCCUCCAUGCCAUAUGACAGGUCGCUGAGAGAGGCCCGGACCUCCUACAAGUAGGCUAGACCCCCGGAACAAAUCUCCGGGACUCUGUGCUCUUUAGUGAGGCUCCUUGUGGGGGUUUAAAGACUGGUCACCCCUGAACUGCUGCUGCACGUACUGGACACAUGAAGUUGUUGCCUUUAUCCGCUGUCUUGGACAUUUUGGAAGGCCUAAAUUACCUGGAAUCCCCAACAACGCCUAGCAUGAAUAGUCAGGCCCACAGCCCCAUCCCAAAAAGAUAGCACUUCAGUUCAUGGGGGGGCGUUUGAGAAAAUGAGUGGUGUAUAUGUGCCUACUGCAGGUGGGAAGAUAACGGUAUAACUCUGAUCAAAUUAGUCACUCAUAUUUUCUGGUAAUUAACGACUGAAAUGUGAAACAAUCCAUCAUCCUCUGCAACCCCCCUGUGGCCCCCACUGCACUUUGGAAACAAAUAGUUUAUUCCUUUCCAGUACGCACCCCCAAAGCUUGUAUUAAUAGUUGCUUAUUAAUCUGACCUGCAAAGCCUGCGGUUUGGAUCCAAAUUCACAGUAUUUCACACUGGUCCUGAUAAGAUGAAUCCGUUUUUUUUCUCCAUUAAAACGUGACUUAUGGCUACAGUAGUUUGUAUAUAAAAUAUUUUGUAUGACUGUAACUAAAUUGUCUUGUGAAAUGAUGCAAUCAACACACAACUCCCCUUUUGUUCGUUGUAACAUUGUGAUUAAAUGACAGACUGUAGGCCUAUACCCUCACAUAAAGAUAUUCAAAUACA